AGAGAGAGAGAGCGAGAGAGAGAGAGAGAGAUGCUGACAGAUUCCUGACACAUGGUUAAAAUGGCGAAAGCUUGUUCGACCCCAGCGAGCCACCGAAGUGCAGCCCCGUAGGUCGGAACAUGUAGUAGCUGCAUCUGGUUACGCUAUCUCAGCCCGUGUAUGUGUGCGUGCUUUUUUUUACACCCCCGUCUGUUCGCUGUUUCUGCAAGUGCUGGAAUAUUUUUGGUGCAUAUUUGGAAGUGUUUAAAUGGCAUCCGCGAGGCGCCGCCGCCCCCUCGUUCUGGGCUUUUUGGGACUGCUUCUCAAUGCUUUAACCGGUGCGAUGUCUGAGGCGGAGCUCUCCUUCACCCUGGAGCCCAGCGAUCUCGUCGCCGUGCAGGAGCAGCCGCUGAUGCUCCACUGCCAGGUGGACGGCAUCCCCCCCAUCACCACGCAGUGGCGGCGCAGCGGCCUGCUUCUGGUCCAGGACCAGCAUCACAGCACCUUCUCCAACGGCUCGCUGCUCAUCGGCCGCUUCCAGAAGACCAAAGCGGACGGCUCGUCUGACGAGGGGGACUACGAGUGCGUGGCCCAGAAUUCCUUCGGCCUGGUGGUGAGCCGCAGGGCCCGCAUUCAAGCAGCCACCAUGGCAGACUUCCACGUGCAGCCGGAGUCCGUGCACGUCGAGGAAUCCGGCGUGGCUCGAUUCCAGUGUCAGAUCCAUGGUCUGCCAGAGCCGGUCAUCAGCUGGGAGAAAGACAGCCGUCCAGUGGACACCACGGACGCGAGGUUCACCCUCCUGCCCACAGGUGUUCUGCAGAUUACAGGAGUGCGUGAGGAGGACAGUGGAAAGUUCUGCUGUGUGGCCCACAACAGUGCCGGGGUGAAAUACAGUACCGAGGCCCUCCUCACUGUUUCAGGCUCCCAGUCAUCUGUUUACAAAGAGCCUAUGAUCCUGGUCGGCCCAGAAAACCUCACCCUCACUGUUCACCAAACAGCCAUCUUGGAGUGCGUUGCCACUGGGUACCCUCGGCCCAUCGUGUCUUGGAGCAGACUAGACGGCCGUCCCAUAGGUGUGGAGGGAAUCCAGGUGCUGGGCACAGGAAACCUGAUGAUCUCUGAUGUCGGUGUGCAGCACUCAGGGGUGUACGUGUGCGCCGCCAACAAGCCGGGAACCCGCGUUCGCAGGACCGCUCAGGGACGUCUGGUGGUCCAAGCUCCCGCGGAAUUUGUUCAGCCUCCGCAAUCCAUCACUCGGCCUGUCGGCACCACCGCCAUCUUCACCUGCCAGGCCCAGGGCGAGCCUGAGCCCCAGCUCACCUGGCUGAAGAACGGGCAGAUCCUGGAGCCGGGCGGCCACAUAAGACUCAGGAACAACAACAGCACGCUGGCGAUUUACCCCAUCAGCCAGGAGGAUGAAGCGAUCUACCAGUGCAUCGCUGAGAACAGCGCCGGCUCCACGCAGGCCAGCGCCCGCCUCACCGUGCUCUGGACCAACGGGCUGCCCGGCGUGCCCACCCGCGUGCAGGCCGAGGCCCUCUCGCCCACCACCAUCCAGGUGUCCUGGAUGGAGCCCGCUCAGAACACUCAGGACAUCAUCGGUUAUGUGGUCCACAUCCGCAGAACCUCAGACCCAGUGGAGAAGGAAUACGAGGAGGCCGUCAGCAAAAUGACGCUGCAGCAGAUCAUUAGGGACCUGGACCCCUCCACCAGUUACACCUUCUACGUCAAGGCCUACACAUCCCACGGGGCGAGCAAACCAUCAGACACUGUCACCGUGAGCACUCAGUGGGAGGUGCCUGGGCCUCCGUCCCUUUACACCAAGGUGGUGAAUGGCAGCGUAGUGCAAGCGACGUGGGAGCCUUCAUCUAAGAUGGGCCAGCAUCAAGGCUUCCGACUGUUCUACAGAAGAGCCCACACUCCGCUCUUCACUGGCCCCAUCACCUUCCCACAAAAUGUCAGCCAGUACAACAUCACCAAGCUGGAUCCUGCGCUCGUGUAUGAGAUCAAGCUCCUCGCGUACAACCAGCACGGAGAUGGAAACGCCACCGUGCGAUUUGUUUCUCUCCGGGAGGCGCUGGAGAAAUCAGUUCUGGACUCUCCGUGCGACUGCGACAAAGAUCAACAGGGCAAAACGUCCACUACAGGCAUCAUCAUCGGCAUCCACAUCGGCGUCACGUGCAUCAUCUUCUGCGUUCUCUUCCUCGUCUUCAGCUACCGCGGCAGGCUGAUGAUGUGCAAGGCGGUGCAGGCGGCCCCUCAGGCCGGCCACAGCGCGGUGCUGGAGUCCUCCACCUCCUCCCUGGGAGCCUCGGGCCUCAACGGUGCCGCCAGGAGGGAGAUCGAGAUCAAUGGCAGCGCAGCGGGGAAGAAAGUGGUGGACAGCAAUGAGCUGCAGAGCCUUUUCAUUCAACAGAACACGCACGACACAUGCGCAUGCGACUCCUACAUGCUGAACGACACCCAGCUGUCUACGAUACCGCUGGACGAGUUCGCGGUGGAGCGGGACUUGGAGACGCAGUUCCACGAGCCUCCCGCGGCAGACGUGGGUCAGCAGGACCAGAGCUAGUCAUGUAUGAAGGCCAACUCCCUGUCCACAGUGGCCACUUAGACUCUUCUCUCACUCAGGUCGGCAAGUGUCUCCUUUCAAAGUAGUUUGUCCUUUUUGUGCAAAGAUUUUUUAUGGGUAAGUUAAGAGGUUCUAGAGGAGCUAGGACUGUGUAUUUACUGGCCUGGGUCUGAUGUGAAGCUGCUUUCAGCUACAUGGGCCAGUUAAAGGUUCUUUAUUUUUACACCUUCUCUUUUGUUCAUUUUCUAGUGUUUGGCAGCACACGAAAUAGUCUCAGAUUGUUCAUGUUGUACAAUGAUAAUUUUAUUUUUAAGUUUAUAAAUAUAUAUAAAUAUAUAUAUAUAUAUCUUUAUCAUCUAUUUGUCAAAGUGGUUAUAAGUUAUUGUCCUUAUCUCUACUUUUCUGUGGAUGUCAAAGACUCCUGCUGCCUGCUCUCACCUACCAAUCAUUCCACCCUCAUGCUCACAGAAGACCCCAGUCUUCUUCCAGGGAUUCAACAUAUUCUGUCUCAGGACUUUGUUUCAGUGAUGUUCACAUUUUUUAUGAGUUCUUGGCCUUCCUGCAGGCAAUAGACUUGGCUUUGUGAAACUUACAGUUCAACGGAAAAAAAAAAAAACCUACCUCAGCC